AUGGUCGAAAAUCUGAGUUCGUCACAACUCUCCAGAAACCACUAUCAUGUGUUGCACGAGUGCCUUUGCAACCUGGAAACCCUCAUGGUCAAACGAGAUGCAGAAUGGGAGCGGCAGGACGUAGAGUUCACACGACUCCUAGCCCUGAUUAGCAAAAGGGUCACGACAUUUGAAUCACCACCUACAACCGCGGCAUCUCCUGUCCACGACGAGAAGACAGACCAAACGGCUGUAGAGGAGUUGACAGCGGCGGAGCUUUCAACCUCACAAGAGACGAUGAACUGCAUCGGGACACAAGAGAAAAGGGCUCUCGCUACUGGUAUCCCUGCCGCUGCUCUAAACCAAGGAAAGGAGACUCCGAGCGCCACCGAAAAACAGCAGCAACCUCUCCGACCACCGUCGCUACAGUCUCCAAGACCGCAGGACCCUCGUUCGAGAGGGAAGGAUCGUACGCUGGAGACAAAGAGUUGGAUCUGA